GUCGGCAUGCAAGCCACCUUAGAGCCAGACUUCAUGUUUUUCCAUGCAGAUCUGGGCUCGCACAAAUUUUUAGCACAGCAAGACGGUCUCACUGCUGCGGAGUCGUCGGCGUUGACGUUGCACAGCAUGAAGUCUACCAUGCUGGCAGCAGCUGCGCAAAUACACUUCGCAGAGCAGGCACGCCUCGCACAGGGGCACCACCGUGACAGCCUCCGACUUUACAGUCGUAAUGACACUCUGGAGGCUCUCCGCCUCCAGCGCGAGCUUUGCACGCAGCUGGCCCAGGGGUGGCGACCGCAACGCAGCAUGGCUAGGGGCGGCGCAGCUCCAGUUCCAGAACCGCCUUUCUUUGUGCCAGCAAAGCCCCCGCAGCAUCUCCUGGACGCACAGCAACUGCAAGCAGGGGCCUGGGAGAUGUUCACAUCAAGGCAUGAAAUCAUGCACAACGAAAGCGAAGAUGUAGAUGUGCUCAAUAAGCACCCAGAGCCCACCCCGGCUAUGGAUACGGACUCGGAAGCAGAGCUGGUGGAACGACACGCACAAGAGCACCCGCACAGCUCCGACGAGGAAUCAGAGGAGCCCACCGCUCCUGCACCAGAGGAGGAACUCUUCAUCUGCUCGGGCCCGUGGAACGCACUGCACAGUCCAACUAGAAGCUCGCACCUCGAGUACGAACUUUUGUACGGCUCCGAUCCGGCCCACGCAGACGUGCUUCUGCCAGCCUGCGGAGCCAAUGUAGGAUCUUUUCCAGUCGUCAUAAUGACGCACGACCCAGCACUGCGAGCCCAAGGCAUCUGUUGCAUCGCAGACUUUGCGUACGCCUAUAACAGCACCGCAGACUUGGACUCUUUCGCAACGUCCAAGGACGAGGAGUUUUGGACGGCGCUGCAAGUGACAGAGCCAUUGCACAGCAUGGCACGCCUGCGCCGCGCACUGGUCCAAUCGCAAAUUCGUGUCAAAGCAUACGAGAACGAGAUGCAACGCACUGAAGAGUCUGCAACGCAAAGCUCUGCACCCUCAGCCAGCUCUGCGCCGCCGGCAGACUCCUGGGUGGAGCACGCACCGCAACGCCUGGACAACGACACCGUCGCAAAGCUCGUGGCGGACUUCAAGGAGGCCUACCCAGGAGAGCUCUUGGACAGCACAAGCACGCCCAGCAUCCGCCUGCUCAGCAUGGUGCAUGCAUGGUUUAAAGACCCCGCACAGCCCCGCAUCAAGUACAUACCUUGGCAAUUUCGCAUGUCGCAACGCCAGUAUACGGAGAUCAUUGAGGCCAAGGCGCACCGCAUCGUCCGCACCGAGGCACAGCUCAUCAGCUCCGCACUCUUCGAUGACACACCGACGCUCAGCAUUGCAGAGGUUAAUAUUUGCGAGUCGUGGCUCCAGGCAAAGCGACGCAUCUUUAGCAAUGCAAUCGCACUGUGCAAAGGAGCACACUUGGCAGUGCUCAAAGCACUGGACAGCAAGAUCUGCGAGCAAUGCACGCAGGUGUGGAAGCCUGGGCACGGACUCCUUUGGUGCGACGCACUGGAAGACGUACAGGACGAGGAGACCCAGCAGAACAUUCUGGCUAUGACUAAAGCAGUCCUAGAAACAGCAGGGCAUUUUUUCGUCACCCUACCGGCAAAGCUACCAGCAACAUGGCACGCCCUGCUGCAGGAGAGCAACGCACAUUGCUGGCAACUGCCAGGCCCGCACGGCAUCAGACACGCAGUGUCGUCUCUGCAAGAGAUCUCGCAACUACAAGGUACCAGCAUUUCCCCGCAAGCUGCAGCAGACAUGGCAGGCCUCGUGGUAUCUCCAGAUGCUUCUGCCUCCGUUCCGUGGCAGGACUUCGCGCAGCACUGCUCAGGUCCAUUUCAACGGCGACGACCAGCAGUAUGUGAUGGUGCGGGCCUCAACAGCGCUGCAGAUAAGUCAAUACCGCAGGGCAAAGCCACAUUAAAAGCAGUAUCGGAGCAGUGGAUACAGUAUCUGGCAUCAGAGAACCUACUCCUGCACCUUGUGGAGCACCUGCACGAAGGCAGAGACUCGCACCCCUUCACAGAAGAGCAACAACAGCGCAUCACCAGCAUCGCACAUGAAGUACUACACCCUGGUUGCACCAGUAAGAAGUGCACAGACAUAUCGCAAGGCCAGCCCUUUCGUUUGGGAAUCCUCCAGCUUUUUGCAACAAGUACGGGGGACCCAGACACGGCACUAUGCGCAAUGCUGGAAGAAGGGGUGAGCACAGGCAUUUUCGACCCUAUUCCAUCCAGCAUGCAGUGGGUGCAGCAACCUCACCCCAUCGACUAUGCGGACCUCGAAGGCACGCACCUCUUGCACUGCCAAGGCAACUGGACGCAAGCAGAGAAGAAUAUUUUCUGCUUGCA